CGAGAAGGGAUAGGAAGUAGUAAUCACUGGAAGCCGAAGAAGAAAACAUAAUGAGUUCAGAAAAACAUUAUGUUUUGGUGCAUGGGGCAUGUUAUGGAGCUUGGCUUUGGUAUAAGCUGAAGCCACGGUUGGAAUCUGCGGGCAACAAGGUCACAGUAAUCGACCUAGCAGCUUCUGGCACCAACGUCAAGAAAAUAGAAGACGUUGAAACUUUCUCAGAGUAUUCUGGGCCUUUGUUGCAGCUAUUGGCCACACUUUCCCAAAAUGACAAGGUAGUUCUAGUUGGUCACAGCCUUGGAGGAUUGAACAUAGCACUUGCCAUGGACCGAUUCCCAGAAAAGGUAGCUGUUGGUGUUUUCGUAACAGCUAUAAUGCCAGACACUGAACACAAGCCACCCUAUGUCUUGGAAAAGUACAUUGAGAGUAUUCCAUCGGAGAAUUGGUUGGACAGUGAAUUCACCCAAAGUGGAAACAAAACAGUAGUUAACUUUGGUCCCAAAUUCUUGUCCGACAAACUCUACCAAGCCUCCUCCAUUGAGGAUAUAGAAUUAGCCAAGACUCUAUUAAGGCCAGGGUCCCUCUUUAUCGAAGACUUGUCACAGCAGAAAAACUUUUCCAGACAGGGAUAUGGGUCCGUUCCUCUUGCUUUUAUUGUUUCCACUGAUGACAAUGAAAUUCCAUUGAAUUUCCAACUCUGGAUGACUCAAAAUGUUGGAAUCAAUGUCGAAGUUCAACAGAUCAGAGGUGCAGACCAUAUGGUUAUGAUUAGCAAGCCACAAGAACUAUGUGAUUCUCUCUUGCAGAUAGCUGCUAAAUACGUAUGAACUCAUGAAGUGGGUUACUCUGUGGUGUUUUAAAUUGACUUGAGUUGAUCAAAUUAAUUAUAAGAUAACAUUUGAAACCACGAGACAUGUCAAUAAACUAAUAAAGUGAUUUUCUCGCAACCCUGAGACAUUUAUGAAGUUCUAUUUUUGUUUAUAGUCGCGUUGGUGAAUGAUGAAACUUAUCAAAAUAAUUGCUCCGUUGUUAUGAAAUAAAUUAUAUUAAUCUAAAAACCAA